CCCCCUUCCACUUUCCACUCCCCGCCCCUCACUUUGUCUUCUGAAUUUUCUGCCCGUUGUUCCCCAAACCGCGUCUGGCACGCGUUGAGGCGCAACAACCGCAAACUCUUUCUUGCUGUUACACACUCCUCGUCAGAACAACAAUAACAAUCAACGAGGGAAGAGUACGGUAUUUGACUGCUACUAAUCACGCACAGUCCCCAUCCUGUCAGGAUUUUCAUCUUCUACCCGGUCCAACAAACGAAGCUGCUCAAGUGCGCGCAACCCACACAAAAUGGACGCCACCAACGGUAACGGCGGCGCCAGCAAGUACAUCACCCUCGUCUCCAAGGAUGGAUUCGAGUUUGUUGUGCUCCGCGAGGCGACCCUCUGCAGUGACUACAUUAGAGGUAUGCUGCGUAACAACAUGACCGAGGCCAGGACCGGUCGUUGCGAGCUGCAGGACAUCAAUGGCGUUAUCCUUGAAAAGGUCGUUGAGUACUUCCAUUACUGGUACAAAUACCGUGACCGCGAGGACGUUCCUGAUAUGGAGAUCCCCGUCGAGAACUGCCUUGAGCUCGUCGUUGCCGCAGAUUACCUCGGAAUGGACAGUAAGCCACACUGAGCGUUUCACACGCACAUGCAUACCCCCCUUCUCUUUGGCGUUUUCGAUGAAAGGCAUCAUGCUUAACGUCGUGGUUUCUACCUGCAGAACAAGUCUGAGGAUUUGAUUCGGAUAUGAUGAUUGUCAUGAACCAUGAGACAACGACUUGGGACAAGGCAUUGGCGCCGUGAAAGUUCAAUGUUAGGACCAAACAAUUUGUGCCUGGAAACUCCAAUGAUGGAAAGAAAAGGCUCAGUUCAAGAGGAGGGAUGCCGUACAGGGUCGGCUUGGAGAACAAUACCCUGAAGGACGAACUACAACGCCAUGGGUUUUGCCAACAAGACCCCCAUGAUGCUCUUCCGACAACGCCUGAAACUUGCAACUUGCAGACAGGAAGAAACAAACACCAUUCUUAGCCGAGACGGGUUUUCGAAUCCAUCUUAGCAUCUCGUCACCCCAGCUUCCCCAUGGGUACGACGUCUUAAAAAGAGGUGGAAGAGCAAAACUUUCCUCCGCGAUCUGCUUCUACUCAAAUCCUUUCCUACUGAGUUUUCGCUUUAUAGACGAGGAGACAUCUUGGUACAUCAGAUAGAUGUUUAAAAUCAUAAAAUACUUUGCCGCAUCUUGGCCUGAGAUCAUCCACAUGUGCGAUGGCUGUCGUACCUCGGGGUGUAUCUGUGAACCG